UUCCCUACAUCCCUUGAUUCCUUUAGUCCAAGGAGCUAAAUCUAACUCUCUCUUGAAAACAUCCGGUGAAUUGGCCUCCACUGCCUUCUGUGGCAGAGGAUUCCACUGACAAUGGAGGAGGCCCAGGACAGAAAGGCCUAUGCUGAAGGAAGAAAAUCCAGUUUGCAAAGCCUCAGUUCUAAGCGAAUGGAGGGUGAUGCAGGAUUCCGUCACGAGCAUCAAUGGAAGAACAAGUACAAGGAGUCAGACGCCUACACCUUAACAGAACCAUCCUAUCAGCUCUCUGCCAAUGAAUUUUCCUGCCACUGUUGCUAUGAGAUAUUGGUAAACCCAACGACUUUGAACUGUGGCCACAGUUUCUGCCGACAUUGCUUGGCACUGUGGUGGGAUGCUUCCAGGAAAACGGAAUGCCCAGAAUGCAGAGAAAAAUGGGAGGGAUUUCCGAAAGUCAACAUUGUCUUAAGAGAUGCAGUUGAGAAGCUGUUCCCUGAUGAUGUCAUAAGACGACGGAUGGAGACACAGAACGACAUAAAAAUCUCACAUAGCAUCUUGGCUUUCGAGAAAUUUGGCAGUGAACAGUCAAGGGUUGUCGACCAUUCGGGGCAAUGGCGACGAGGCGGGGGCUUUUUCUCAGGAGUACUAACUUCUUUAACCUGUGCGGCGGUGGUACUUCUAGUUUAUCUCUGGAGCCGAGAAACUGAACAAGAUCAUCUUGUACACAAACCCGUGAUGAAAUGGACAGCAAAAGAAGUGGCAGUCUGGUUGGAGCAAUUGGGUCAAUGGACUACUGUUUACAAGGACAGGUUUCUGGAGGAGGAAGUCAAUGGAAGGUUAUUGCUGACUCUAGGUGAAGAAGAAUUUUCAAAACCUCCUUUCAACAUUGAGAGAGAACUUCAUAGGAAAGUUAUUCUAAUGGAAUUGGACAAUGUAAAAACACUUGGAGUUAAACCUCCCCAGAAUCUUUGGGAAUACAAGGCAAUGAAUGUUGGCAAGUCACUGUUCCUGCUGUAUGCACUGAAGAGCUCCCCACGGCUGACAAUGCUGUACCUCUACCUGUUUGAUUACUCGGAAAUAUUUCUGCCCCUUAUCCACACCAUUUCUCCCAAGAAGACUGAGAUGACAGAGGAUGCAGAUAUUUUUCGCAAGUACUGGCCUGAUGACAUCAGCUUGAAGCAGUGGGCUGAGUUCCUUGUGAAAUACUCCCUGAUACCGUAUCAGUUGAUUGUUGAAUUUGCUUGGGAUUGGAUGGACUUGCACUACUGGACGGCACGUUUUAUUAUUUUCAACGCAGUGCUUCUGUCCGUCCUGGAAGGUUUUGCAUUCUGGAGACUUUGGUCAAGAGGAGGACUCAGGACCAUCCCUCAGAAAAUGUGGAGCCAUUUUUGGAAAGUAUCAAGCCAAGGAAUCCUUGUUGCGAUUUUGUGGCCAAUAAUUCCUCAGUUUGUUUGUGACUGUUUAUUUUACUGGGCAUUGUACUUCAAUCCCAUCAUAAAUAUCGACCUGGUGGUCAAGGAAGUGCGCCGCCUAGAAACUGAACACUUGUGAUCGAGAUGUACUGUCACAUUACAUUCUCAAGGCAGCCUAUUACAGUUCUGGUAUUAAUAAUGUUUAAAUUUGUAAAUACACGUUGCCACCGCUUGCAGCCAGAUGCUGCAGCAAAGUGGUCAGAAACAACUGUAAUUAUAGUUUGAAGAAUCAAAAUAGUCAAUCUAUGUGAAGAAACAAAACCGUUUGCUCCAUUUAACGGUGAGUGGAUUCGUAUUCUGUGUUUACUGCUCUUUGCUGCAAUUAGCACAUUGGCUUUAAGUAACCAAUUUGCAUAUAUUUUUAACUUGUACAUUUCUCAAUUUUUUCCUUGCAAACUUGGACGUGUAAUUGCUUUUUCAUCUGUAACUCGGUGAUACUCGUGAUUCGACAAAACCAUAUGUGCCAGGUCACACUAAUUUUCUUGUCUUUCAAGGGCUAUAGGUACAUCAUGUAUUACAAUCCAAAGUGUGGAAAGGGGGAAGUGUUACAGCUGAUAUUUUGGUGCCUGUCCUUAUAAUUUAUUUACAAUUGAUUCGAAUUUUUGAAGUUGUGUAAGAAAUUUGUGAAUUUUUGUAAUCAUUUUUGCUGAAUAAACUCUAUUUUUGCAUUUC